AUGGUUACCUAUCCUUCUACUCAUGGAGUUUAUGAGGAGGGUAUUGAUGAGAUUUGCAAGAUUAUUCAUGACAAUGGAGGUCAAGUUUACAUGGAUGGAGCUAACAUGAAUGCACAGGUUGGAUUAACAAGUCCAGGGUGGUUUGGGGCUGAUGUUUUUCAUCUAAACCUUCACAAGACAUUUUGCAUUCCACAUGGUGGUGGUGGGCCCGGAAUGGGCCCCAUUGGUGUGAAGAAACACUUGGCACCCUACUUGCCUUCACACCCUGUGGUUGCAACUGGAGGCAUACCAGCCCCUGAGCAGAGUAAGCCACUUGUCACGAUUUCAGCAGCACCUUGGGGUCCAGAGAAUAUGCAGCUUACCCUGCACCAUGGCUUCGUGCUGCUAAGUUCUGGCCUAUUACAUGCUGUGUGGACAAUGUGUAUGUUCCUAACAACAUUAAUAAGUUUAAUAUUGACACUUGACAGAACAGUAACUGCAUUUGAAUGCACCAAAGGAAUGAUGCCUUCGGCCAUUGCCCAAGCUAUAAACAGUGAGGCUAUAGUAUCCAUUGACAUGCCUGCAGGGCUAUCUGAAGUUCUUGUGAUUUAUGAUAAAUAUGCUAGUCCAGUUCAUAUAGCUGCAUAUCUGCUUUCUCAGAAAUCACCAAGCAAUGGUAGAGGCGGUUACUUUUUCUAA